AUGGGCUCUAAUACUCCCUGGACCACUAAGUCAGUCAUUGCGACUCUACCGCAUCCUAUAGAAGAAAACAGUUCAUCGCCCGUUCCAUUCUUCCACCUUCUAGAACGACUAAAAACGACCAAGAGAGAAGGCUGGCGGCGAUUCAACAUUCCCCAUGGCGAGUCUAUAGCCGACCACAUGUACCGCAUGUCUGUCAUGACGAUGCUAGCACCCCCUUCCCUUGCCUCAAAGCUAAAUAUCCUCCACUGCACCAAGAUGGCUCUCGUUCAUGACAUGGCUGAAUCAAUUGUCGGCGAUAUAACACCCGUUGACACGGAAGUAACCAAGGCCGAAAAGGCACGACGAGAAGCAGAAGUGAUGGAAUACAUAUCCAAUACGCUGCUAGGCAGUGUCUUUGGUGGAAUUCCGGGUGAGGGUCUCCAGAAAAUCUUUGAGGAAUAUGAAGAAGACAAGACUCUUGAGGCACGGUUCGUGCAUGAUAUAGAUAAGAUGGAGUUACUACUGCAGGCUGUUGAGUAUGAGCGGUCUCAUGGGGGAAAGCUCAACUUAUCGGAAUUCUACCAUGUCUUUAAGAAGAUACGCCUACCCGAAAUUAAAGCUUGGGGUGAGGAGGUUCUUCGAGAAAGGGAAGCGUUUUGGGCAGAUAAGCCUAAUCCACCUGCUUUGCCUCAAUGA